UUUACACCAAUGAAAUUUAAUCAAUUCAAAUAUUCUCAAUUAAUGUUCUUCAAAAGUAUAAAAAAGUACCUUAACAAUAUAGAAAAUCUAUCUUUGUGGAACAAAAAAAAAAUCUAAAACAUCUUACUUUCUUACUUUCGGAAACGGAGAUAGUACAAAAUUAAAGUUAUAAGUUUUCAAAUGCUUCUCAAGUACUAUUCUAUGACCUCAUAAUAUAAAGCUAUACAGAAGUCAACUCCGUUCAACCACAGACGUGGCCAUAAUGUGUACCUAGCAGCCUAUCCUAGUCUUUCUAUACAUGGAUCUGCUAUUUUUAUUUAAAAUUGACUAUUAGUAUAAAUUAUCAGCGAAAUCGAAGUCUAAGUUUUGUUCAUUUGAUUGAUGAGAUUCAAACGUUAGGUAUGUGUUGCCUUUCAUCGAAAUAACAUCAACUUUUCCUUUUUAUUGACCAUGUGAUUUAGAUUACGACAUUAUAAUUGUUGAUUAAAGACCCUUUAAUCCCAUUGACUUCAGCAAGUCGCGCGCACACCUCUUUUCUCCAGACAAAAAGAGCAGAAGCAACAGGAGAAGGAGAGAGACACAAAAGAGAUGAGUUCACACUCCUCCAUACAAGAAGCUUGCUUUAAUGUCUGCUGCUCAUCACCAUUCUCAUCUCACUCCAUGACUCAGAAACAAGAAGAAGAAGAGCUCGAGUUCUCAGUAAUCGCACCCGGAGGUUCGUUUCUAACAAGAGACAUCAAAUUCACUAGCCAAGAAUCUCUCCCUCCUCUCCGCACAUCUUUCUACGACCUCAUCACAGCUUUUCCUGAUUACUUGCAGACGAAUCAAGCCGAUCAUAUCCGAUCUACAGAGUACCAAAACCUCUCGUGCUCCUCUCGCCACGUGUUGUUAUCCCACACAAGCCAGCAACAGCCCUUGUUCUCAUACUCACAGUUCCGGCAACUCUCUGGUUUGAAUAACUCUCUCUUUACCUUGUCUUGCACGCAAGCGAGCUCCGGUGAAGAAAUGUUAUCACUCGCGAGAGAAGAGUCUCAGUUUCAGACGAGGAUGAGGAAGAGAAUCAUGAGUUUUAUGAAUCUUGAAGAAUCUGAAUAUGACAUGAUCCUAACUCAAGACCGCUCCUCUGCUUUCAAGACCGUAGCGGAGCUCUACUGUUUCAGAAAGAACCCGAAUCUCCUCACUGUCUACAACUACGAAGACGAAGCAGUGGAAGGCAUGAUCAGAAUCUCGGAGAAGAAGGGUGUCAAGCCCAAAUCAGCCGAGUUCUCGUGGCCGAGCACUGAGGUAGUCUCUGAGAAGCUGAAGAGGACGAUCUUGAGGAGUAAGAGAAGAAGAGACAAAAGAGGACUCUUUGUGUUUCCACUUCAGUCUCUCGUAACAGGAGCUUCGUAUUCUUACUCGUGGAUGAGUUUAGCUCAAGAGAACCAAUGGCAUGUGUUGCUUGAUACCUCUGCUUUGGGUUCUAAAGACAUGGAUACUUUAGGUCUUUCUCUGUUCCGACCAGAUUUUUUGAUAUGUUCUUUUACAGAGUUUUUAGGGCAUGAUGAUGAUCUUACUGGUUUCGGUUGCUUGUUCGUCAAGAAAUCUAGCUCUCAAGCUUUGUCAGAAGCAUCAGAAGGCAUCACUGAUCCUGCAAAUCUCACGGUAGUAAAAGCAGAGCCAAAUUGGAUAACAAAAAAUGACGAAAGUACCCUUGAGGACCACAACAAGGCGUCAACGUCUGCCAUUGAAAUCGAAGAAGAAAACGACAAAGCAAUAAUUAAGUUUCGAGGUUUGGAUCACGCAGACUCUCUCGGUCUGAUACUGAUCACUCGAAGGUUAAAGUCUUUGAUUUUAUGGUUGGUCCGAGCGCUGACGUGUCUGAAACAUCCAGGCUCUCAUCAAACAGAGACGCCUCUGGUGAAAAUCUGCGGACCGAGGAAGAGACCGGACCGAGGAGCGUCGGUUUCGUUCAACGUUUUCGAUUGGCAGGGAGAGAAAGUCGAUCCUUUGAUGGUGGAGAGGCUGGCGGAGAGGGAGAAGGUCGGUUUGCGAUGCGCGUAUUUGCAGAAGAUUGGUAGCGUGGGAAACAAGAAACGAAGAGAUGGACAGAGUAUGAGUUUGAGAGUGUCAGUGGUGAGUGUUAGGUUAGGGUUUAUGACGAACUUUGAUGAUGUUUUUAGGGUUUGGGGGUUUGUGUCGAGGUUCUUGGAUGCGGAUUUUGUUGAGAAAGAGAAGUGGAGAAAGAAAGCUCUUGAGACAAAAAAAAAAAAAAACAAAUGACAGGCGUAAUAGUUUGAGAGCCUUUUGAUCUAAAUCCGAAUCGUUCAGUUCCACAUUUGGUUGAACAUUUUGAGUUUGGGUUGGUUUGGUUCGAUUAGGCAUUCAAUUUUCUUUCCUUUGUUUUAUUUUGGUACAUAUUUCAACAUAUUUUAACCCUGUUAUGAAAUAACUUAUAAUUUAUAGUAUCGAAAAAUUUAAAUAA